CGUUGAACCACACGUACGACAUUUUGCAAAGACGACUCGAGACCGAAGUUUGAAGUAUGCCUAAAGGAGGACACGUCCGCUUGACCGGUGAAGAAUGCGACGAGAAGGACGAAGCUAUUGCGGGAAAGAGCUAUCAGGUCCGCUACUUGGGUUCCAGCGUUAUAGUGAGCUACAACGGUAAAGGCAAGGGGUGUACGGACGCGGCUGUACGCGAGAUAUACAGUAGGUACAGUACCAAAAACACUGUGAAGAGUCUCCCGAAACGUGAACUAUUCGUAAGCGCUAAUUGUGUUUCAUUAUAUGCUCCUGUCGAAGAGGUUGUUAUGUUCAGAUUCCUGACCGUCAACAUUACAUUCUGCAAUACAAACGACGAAAAUCGCAAUGCCUUCGCGUUUGUGGUCAAGGAAUCGACGAACGUGUUCCGUGCUCACGUUCUUCACUGCGACAGCCCGACGCAAGCAAAUGAUAUUUGCGUGGCAAUGCAUCAGGCAUUCAUUGUUCGAUCUGCGUUGUUUCAAGCGAAACGUGUGGACCGCGCAGGAUGGGCGAACGGCUUGCUGUCCUCGCAGGAGAAGCUUGUGGCAAGCGCGCAACAAAAUGGCGAACAGCGCACUGGCAAGACCAAUGGAAACGGAGUCCACGACGAAAUCGAUUCGAAUAACAAUUUUGGGGCGUUUGCGUGCGCUGUUGUGCUGCCGUGUCCGAGCGACAUCUGCAAUGAAUCUAAGAACAAUAACAAUGUCGAUAAUCCGAACCUAACACGCUAUCAGGGGAGGUUUUCGUUAGCAACGAUGCUACUUGAAGGAGGAAAAAACCGCAGCAGAAGUCAUAGCUUGCCUUUCCAGAUCCAAAACUCGUGGGCAGCGAGCAAUGGGGAGUGGGGAUGCUUUCAGGGCUCGGAGGAAGACGAUGUUGAUGAUUUUAGUUCGUUUGCACGCGAGAGAUCGUCUUCCGUGGGACUACUUAUGGCUGAAUGAGGUAUUUUCUAUGAUAGACAAUGCACUUGAAACGAUGGUGAGGGGAAUUAACCUUGUUAUGAUAGAUAAUAUUACACUUGGAACCGUACUAAGCCAUGAACUAAAUGAAAGGUAAUUACCUAGUUAGAUACUAUUUCAUUUUGGAACGGGGGUAUCAUAUAGGUUAUCACCAUAUUAGAUAAAUAUUAUAGUCGGAACAUUAUUGACCAUGAAAUUAACUAUUAUUAACCAAUUACUAUGAACAGAAAUGUCGUAUAAAUAGCUGGAAUAUUUUUUAGCGAAGUAUUAAAGGUAAUUACCCUAUUAUAAUUAAAAUAUUAUAAUUGGAACUAUAUUAAUAAGUGAUGGUAAUUACCCUAAUACCAUGCAUUGAAUUAGCUGGAAUAGAAAUUACGCGAGGAUUAUUAAUAUCUCAAUACGGUAAAUCCCGCAUAUAAGAAUCGUUUUACUUUAACAAGCUAUCUUAUUAAGUUUAAACUAAAGAAAAUUUUGGAAAAAUCAGACAAUUUUUGCCAUGAGAAUUUUAUGGGUGGGUUUUAGUAGGUGCUUUGUAUAUGCUGCCACGUAGACUAGACCUGGAGAGUGGUUAAUGUUCCUCCGACCCUGAAUUUGCUUUUUUCAAAUGUUCCUCAAAUUAAAAGUGCGGAAAAACAAUGGGAAAUUCAAUCGUACUUAAACCAUUGUGUUGCAACAACAAAGCGUCUCAAAUGACAGAUAAGGAAGUAAAAUUGAUCCCAUAAGAAUCUCCCAUAACGCCUAUGUGUGAUUGUGUGAAAAAUUGAAAAUGUUCUUCAACCUUCUUGCCAAAACAAAUGUUCCCCAGGAUCCCGAGAUCAAAUGUAUUGGCAUUUAUGAAGCGAGAAAACGAAGCCAGCAAAACAAGGCGUCUUUUCCUGUUAAAAUUGACCAAUGUAUGCAGUAUAGAUCCUUUCCUUGUUUACUUUUUAGGCAGGCGUUUUUAGGCAGGUUUUAGAAAGCUUUCAGGAAAAUAUUUUAAAAUCUUUUAGUCACGAGAGCUUCGUAGUUGCGUCGGACAUGCUUGUUGAAUCACAAAUUGAGAAUAUAGUCUUUAUAUAUAAUUGGAAUUUGCCUGCCAGCAAAAUAUAUUAACAAGGCAAGGAUCUAUGGAUUUUUCAACUACCUGAAAAAGAAGACAAUUUAUUGAAUGCUUCAGUUUUUCAGACGUCUUAUCUUACAGCGCACUCGAAAUGUCUGUGUUUGUGGAUUCAGCCAAAUGCAAAAAAUCGCUCAGUUCAGUGAGUUCACCUGUUUGACCCUUGCUUUGAAAGCUGGUAAGAUUUAAACCCGCAGAUUAUGAAUUUAAGCACAAACGUUUUGGUGAUAACAAAUUCGGAACUUGUUCCCACAAAUCCAAUUAAUAAAAAUUCAGUUUUCUGACGCGAGGCCAAGAUCAGAACGUGGGACUUUUCAUGUGCCAAACGCAUUAAAUGCAAAUGAGCUCAAAACAAAAUCUCGGGUCCUUCACAUGACAGCAAGACGCUCGAACUAAUCCUGAAAAGUGAUGAAAAAGCACAUAGACCGAAACAGUGCACGCGGGUUUCAUAUUAGGUUUUCAUGUGAUUAACAUAUCUUCUUUGACCUCCAGUUACACGAAACCGGUUCGCAUCGGAGCGAGUCCACUGACAUCUAAGACGCUUUUCGGCCUCUUACAACUUUUCAUAUAUUUCAAUUUUUUUACCAAUUGUGUUAUAUUAUCAUAAUUUUGAGUGCUAAACUCCCCUUGAAACUGUAAAAUUUGAUGUCGCUCCGAUAUCGUGUAACUGGGGCCUUAUAUUUCUAAUACGACAAAUUUGUGAUACACCUAGGAGGUUGACGGAAUGAACCUUAAAUAAAGGCUAUCGCUAGCUGUUUCGCUGGUUUUCACAUUUCACAUUUUCACACAAAAAUCAGCUCUUUUAAUCACCCACAUAAAUGGCACUUGAACAGUGGUUUCCUAUAUGCGGGUUUUUAACUGGUAUUCUAGUGUAUAUUUUGUUGGAAAUAUUCGUAAAUAAUAUACAGUCUUGAAAUACUAUACCUUAUAUUAUGUAGAAUUAGUUACAGAACUGUAUAAAAACGCAUACGAUUGACAUUAUGUUUGUUUCAGAAAAUAUUAUUUAGCUAUAUUAUUAAUAUCGUAUAGUUUUGUUUUUAAUUUGUAUGUAUAUAUAGUAGACGUGAUUAAAUUUAUUAAAGGACUAUUUAAUUCGUCAACAAUAGACGUUUUGGCAUUUUUUGUUCGCGCGUUUGACCAUAUUGAAACAAUACGCCUUAUAGUGUAAAAAUAUUUUCGGUCUUCAAAAACGCCAACAAAAACAGCAACAACGGUGGUUUUAUAAACGGAAGUUUGACAUUAAGCAGGGGAAUGCGAUAAUUUAGUGAGAUAACUAUUUGUUUUGUCAGCGUCAGCAAGUUAGUAGCAACCCAAUAUACUGAAAAAUUAGAUGCUAUCGCGAUCCUAACUCGACCCUCUAUAGGCAAUGCAAUAAGUUUAGCUAGGUUAUUAAAACACGCGGGCUACAUAUGAACGAACAGCAUUCGAAGUUUACCGGUUGUUCAAUUUCGACAAGUCCAUGCUCAUUGCGAAUGUUAUGUCUAUAUUUAAAUACGAAUCCCGUGACUAUCACCGCUAAGAACAAAU